AUGAAGGAGUACAUCCCAAAAUUAGAAAAAUGGGAGAAAUCCAAUAGGAUUGCCAAAAUGAUAAUAAGAUGCUCCCUCUCAGUUAACAUGAUGAGGGGGUUUCUUUCUGAUGGAAAGAACAACGAGGGAUUAAGUGCUAAGGCGCUUCACAACUCCAUAAAAGCACACUUUAGAAAUGUUUUCCUUUUUGAUAAGUUAAUUAAUUCCUGUUAUGAUGGGAUAAGUGGUUUGGGUAACCACAUUAAAAACUUGUUUGAUAUGGCUUAUGAAUUGAAGGCACUUGGAUUAGAUGUGUCCAAUGAGUUUAUGGUCUUGCCAACCAUAAGUGAAAGGGGAGCAAAGUCUAAGGAGACAUUGAUGGAAUAA